CGGUUUAACGACGUGAUGCUGAGCCGUGUCGCCUCCACGAGAUGCGGACGCGCUGGGAGACAGAUGGGAUCGUGAACUAUGUGGACAGGUCCGUGAGGAUUUAGUCGCUGCUGUCCGCUGGUCUAUGGAGACGAGCAGCCCGAGGACGGCGGGAGGAACGCGGGAGGCGCCGGUGAAUUCCUCACCGGCGGUGGCGGCCAACGCGGAGGGAGAGGAGAUCGAGGUUUUGGAGAGUACCGACGUCCUUCCAGAGGCCCCAGAGGACCAAUGGAAGUCUCUCUUUGACAAGUAUGAUCCAGAGAACUCGGGUUUCAUCAGUACUGAGCGGUUCAGGGACCUACUGGCAGACCAUGGGUCAGAGCUCGAUCCCCACAAACUGGAGGUCCUUCUGGCCCUCACGGAAGGCAACACUAAUGGCAAGAUUUGCUACCAGGACUUUGUCAACUUGAUGAGUAAUAAGCGCUCCAACAGCUUCCGGAGGGCCAUCCUGCAGGGUAGCAGGCAAAUAAAAGGCUGCAGUCUCAGAGAUGAGGUUGGCUUGGGACUGUCCCAGCAGCUGAUCCGCCACAUUGCCUAUGAGACGCUGCCCCGGGAGGUUGACCGCAAGUGGUACUUUGACAGCUAUACUUACUGCCCACCACCUUGGCUCAUUCUGGCUAUUACCAUCACUGAGGUAGCUGUGUUUAUGUACUAUGGGUUCCAGCUUGACCAUUUGGUCCUUCAGGUGUCCAGCCCAUACUUUCUAAAGAGUCCCUUACCUUACCAUCCCCAACUAAGAGCCCAGGCCUGGAGGUACCUCAGCUACAUUUUUAUGCAUACUGGUAUUGAGCAUCUGAGCCUAAAUAUGGCCAUGCAGCUGCUUGUCGGAGUCCCUCUAGAGAUGGUCCAUGGAGCACUGAGGAUCGGACUGGUAUACGCAUGUGGUGUGCUGGCAGGGUCUUUAGCAGUGUCUGUCACUGACAUGACGGCUCCUGUUGUUGGCUCGUCUGGUGGGGUGUAUGCUCUGGUCUCAGCACACUUGGCUAACGUUGUCAUGAACUGGUCUGGAAUGAAGUGUCAGUUUAAAUUAUUCCGGAUGGCCAUGGCUCUGGUUUGCAUGAGUGUAGAGUUUGGUCGGGCAGUGUGGCUGAGGUUCUACCCUCCGGCUUUUCCGCCGUGUCCUAAUCCCAGUUUUGUGGCUCACUUGGGAGGCGUGUUGGUCGGACUCACUCUGGGUGUGGUCAUCCUGCAGAACUAUGAGCAGCGGCUCCAGGAACAGUCUCUGUUUUGGAUUUUCUUUUGUGUCUACACCCUGUUUGUGCUCUGCGCAGUGUUCUGGAACAUCUUUGCCUACAACCUGCUUGAUGUGCGACUACCCCCUCCACCUUGACAUACCCAUUAAACAUGAACAAGAAUGUGUGUUUUCUGACCACUAGGGGAGAUGUGCAGACCUUAUUUUCUGAACAAAAUGUUGGUGUUGGAGCUCCUCUUCCUUCCUGAUAUAGGAAUGCCUGCCAUGCCGCAGGACUUCCUGACACUUCUGAUUCCACCUACUUUGGUUUAAGAUGAAUCACACAAUCUUUCACACUUACCAUACAAGCUGAGCAUCUUGUGGAUUUUUGUCCAAGAGCAUCUGCCAGUGGGAGUUUUUAAGGAUACUGCUGAUAAAUGAGAAACCUUUGGUGUAACACAACAGGAUAAGGAGGAACACUCCAGUUUCCAUGGCCUUCUCUGCCUCUUCUCCUCAUCCCAAUGGUGCCUAUUCACAGAGACGUCAGCCUGAUGAAAGUAUAAUAUCUGCACAAUUACCUCGUGUGACAUCACAACAGUAAAAUCCUGACAUGGAAAAGCUUUUGUGACAAAAGUUUCUUUUGAAUCCUUUGAUUUGUCUGCAACCUGGUUACCCUCAAUGAACGAUACAGUUACGUAGAUCAUCAUUUCUGCUUAGCUGCUGUUCUGUCAUAAGUCAAAGCACCUCAGUGGCACAAGAGGCUCCAAACUCUAUUCAUCAACUGAAGGUUACUCUGGAAGGCAAAGUAUGUAGGCUGCAGUAACCUUCAGAAGUCAUUACGUACAAAUUCAACUGGUAGGAGAGAUGUCAACAUUUAGCUCCUCCCCAGAGAAGGAUUCAUUUGUGAUUCAUUUGUGUUCAGUGCUACUUGAACUUCAAAGGUGUCUUUCACUGCUUGGUGCCUAAGGAGUGUUGCAGUUGUAUCACUGUGUGUAUUAGUGGAGCAGAUAACUGCAAAACGAUCCAGAUUGUCAUACAAGCACCAAAUAUGACAUCUGUGUCACUUACAGGUCACUUCUUUACAAUAAAUAAAUUUCAUCAGGCAUGCAUAAAUUAAAAAUGGUUGCCAUCUUGUGAAAUCAUAUUUUGUUGGAUU